CGCCCGCGGAGGGACGAUGCGCGAGUACAAAGUGGUGGUGCUGGGCUCGGGCGGGGUGGGCAAAUCCGCCCUGACCGUGCAGUUCGUUACCGGCACCUUCAUCGAGAAAUACGACCCCACCAUCGAAGACUUCUACCGCAAGGAGAUCGAGGUGGACUCGUCGCCGUCGGUGCUGGAGAUCCUGGACACGGCGGGCACCGAGCAGUUCGCGUCCAUGCGGGACCUGUACAUCAAGAACGGCCAGGGCUUCAUCCUCGUCUACAGCCUGGUCAACCAGCAGAGCUUCCAGGACAUCAAGCCCAUGCGGGACCAGAUCAUCCGCGUGAAGCGGUAUGAGAAAGUGCCAGUCAUCUUGGUUGGAAACAAAGUGGACCUGGAGAGUGAGAGAGAAGUAUCCUCUAAUGAAGGCCGAGCCCUUGCCGAAGAGUGGGGCUGUCCCUUUAUGGAGACUUCUGCUAAGAGUAAAACAAUGGUGGACGAACUCUUUGCAGAAAUCGUGAGGCAGAUGAACUAUGCUGCUCAGCCUGACAAAGAUGAUCCAUGCUGUUCUGCCUGUAACAUACAAUAGCAUCCAAAUGUGGCUGUCCUGGAAGGACUUGUCCAAUAUCAUAGGCGAGAGACUUCGCCUACCACAUUGCAGAGUUGGCAGGAUAUGUGUUGUGAAACUACAGUGCACUGCAGCCCUUAUUCAGAAAUGAGCAGUGAUUGUCCGUUGAUGUCUUUGAGUAUGGUUCAGUAACUACAGUUUUCACCAUUGUCCUCAGCCUCCUUUGUGCAUCUGCAACUUGAAGGCAUAGCCCAUCGAUCUACAGGGUGAUCUCAUUUGAAAGCGAUGAUGGCAUUGUCGCUGAGUUGACAGAAGCAACUAUUGUAUAAAUUCAAGUGAAUCAUGAGGGAGAAACCAGAAAAAUUCCUAUGACCACUUACAAUUAAAUAUUUUGUCUUCUUUACAAAAAAGUAACUAAAGGAAGAAUAUUUUCCUACGAGAGUACUGAAUUUCAGGAAUUAGGAUAGAGCUCCUAACCAGUGUAUUCCGUCAAGUAACAGCUGGCCUGCCAACAGCAUUGCAAGAAGAAUCUGCACAGCUGACACAUUUCUGUUUUUCAGAAUUGAUGCUUAAUUGUAGAUGUUAUCCUAAUUUGUGACCUAGAACUAACUCACACAUCAAUCCCGAUAGAGCAAAAGUCAGAACAAAGUUGUGUGAAAAUACAAUCUGGCUUUGGAAUUUGUUCAGUCACCUGCUUUGCCACAGAAAAUGGAGGCUCUCACAAGGGUUUGACCAGAAUUAAAAUCCCAAACCCACCCUCUAUUAACCAAGCAGGGAUGGUCUUUAUUUUCUGAACAAGAAGGAAGCAACUGAGAUGGAGAGAGAUUGCCUAGCCUUACUAACAAGAAGCAUUCUAGUAGCUUAACUAGUACCAUCGUGUAAGGAAAAUGAAGCCAUGUUGCAGCCACAUGUUCCCGUUUGCAGAAACCUCAUAGGACAGUACAAAUAUCUGGCAUUUUUACGUUUGUUAAAGCAGCAAAUUCCUUCUCGCCUUUAAGGGCUAUGGUGUGAUGUGACCCUUGGCAAACCUGCUUUGGAAAUCCAGUUUGCUGUAGCAGAGCUUUACUGCAGGCCUUUAAACAAUUGAAUAACUAUGUGAAAUAAUUUGGGCUUAAAAGUAGAACUUAAAUUAUAGUGUGGAAGGUGAGGGACAAAAAGCCUUUUAUCUUUAAUUUUCCUGUUGAAUUAUAUAAAGGUUUUCUUACAAUUCUGCCCUGAUUACUGAAGUGGCAAGUAAAGCUGGAGUGAAUAUUUUGUUUUGAAAAGGUGCUCAAGCUCUGACAUUUUUGGUUUUGAUAGCCGUGAAGUAUUUAUCAUUUGCAUGAGUAAUGGCACAGGAAAAAGCUAUUCAGAAGUUUUACAGUCAGAUGUAGAAAGGUUUUCACCUCACUUCAGAGUUAGAAAUGCUGAAGAGAUGAUCUUGAGCCCAACCUCUGGAGAGAAAUUUGGCCUUCAGAACUGCAAUAUCACUGAGCCUGUGAUAUACUUAGCGCCCAGAUUUUCUUGGUUCCACAGUCUUGUGCAAGUAACCUCUGGUCUUAUGUGUGUAACUGAGAGAAGAGUGUGUGUCUGUGUGUGCAUGUGUGUUUAUUGUUCCUAAGAAUUUGGCACAAGUCAGAGAUAAUUGCCUAUACUGAGAAUCUAUACUGCAGAAUAUAGUGUAUCAGAAACACUUUUUCUUUGAAAUUAUUUAAGGAUCUUUUCUACAUCAUAGAAAUCAUUGGUGGCCCCCAAGUGUUUAGUAACUGGCAUCAUGCUCAAGGGUAGAAGAAGGAUCAAUAGUAUUUUUCAUAGAUGAGAAAACUGAAGAAAUAAUGUGAGUAAAACUAGACGAUGUUAGAGAAUCUUUGAAUUGUGAAUAUUUACAUUCUUCAGUAUAAAUUUUUUUAUAAUCUUCAACUACAAAGCACCUUGUUUAUAGGACAAAAAAGUUUUAACCAAUUUUCUUCAGGCAAAUUUCACCGUGUAAAAGUUGAUUUGACCCAAACAGUUGGAAUAAUCAAGGAUUCAAGAAGUACAUGAAGUAGAAAUAUUUGUUAGUAAAUUGGUUGAGUUUUGAAGCUUUUAACUUCUAAUAAUGACUCUGUGUUUUAGAAUUCCCAUAAUACCAAUUUAUGACAACUAAGAUUGUGUAUUAGAAACAGCUAUACAGAUUCCACAGUUUUAUAUCAUGAUUGCUAUGCAGAUGCGAAAAAUAGGUGACAUACUGUGAAAGGUCUGGCAAAAUGAGGUGGAAAAGAUUAUCACAUUUGGAGUUUUGGCUAGAAAUGUUUGUCAGACAGUAAGGUGGGCUUUUACUGUGAAGAUGUUGCUGAGAACUGAUGCCCUAGGUGUGUAGUGCUUCCCAGAAUGGGAGGCCCUCUUGCCUCCCACUGUGGUCGGAAUCCAAAUCACCGUAAGUAAAUGUGCUUGCCGAGAUGGGAAUAAAAAGCUCAAGAGCAGGAAGACUCCACUUGUUGGCACAUGAGAGGAAAGUUGGUGACUUGGGUCACUGCUUAUGUUAUGCCCUGAUCAGACUAGCAACUAGAUAAGUGAAAGUUUUCCUAACAUGCCUUAAAAAUA